GUAAACAAUAUUGUAGUGUUGGUUUUAAAUUUGGGAAGAGUUUUUUUUCUUUGAUAAUCAAAUCGGGAAGAUGAUGAAAGAAAGAGGUUUUCUGAAUCGGACUCCCGAUUUUCCAUACAAAUCUAGCCAGGCCCAAGAAGAGCAAGCCCACUUACUUCCCGCCAAACCCAAAAUAAAUGUCAGUUUCUGCCAAUCCCUAAUUCAGUAAUUCCCCUCUUCUCCUCCUCUUAAAAACCUUUCUUCCUCCCCGGAUUUCUCAUCCACUCCCGCCACCCUAAAACCCUAACAAAAGCCCUCCCCUGAAAAAAUCCCCUUCCUCCGGAGCCGAACAAUGGACCCAAAGGCCGUGAAAUCCGACCUCGUCUUAAUCCUCGACUACGGCUCCCAAUAUACCCACCUCAUCACUCGCCGGAUUCGCGCUCUCAACACCUUCUCCCUCUGCAUUUCCGGCACUUCCACCCUCGACGCCAUCACUUCCCUGAACCCCAAGGUCGUUAUUCUGUCCGGGGGACCGCAUUCCGUUCACACGGCCGACUCGCCCAGCUUCCCUGAUGGGUUUGUGGAUUGGGCGCUGGAAAACGGCGCCUUCGUGCUGGGAAUCUGCUACGGGCUGCAACUGAUUGUGCAGAAGUUGGGAGGGGAAGUGAGGGUUGGGACGGAGCAGGAGUACGGGAAGAUGGAGAUUGAAGUGGUUGGGAAUUCGGGUAUUUUUGGGAAUAAGAAGGUUGGGGAUAAGCAGGUGGCUUGGAUGAGCCAUGGCGACGAGGCUGCUCGGUUGCCGGAAGGGUUUGAAUUGGUUGCCAAGAGCCGGCAAGGGGGAGUUGCUGCUCUUGAAAAUCGGGAGAAGAGGUUUUACGGUUUGCAGUAUCACCCGGAGGUGACUCAUUCGCCGGAGGGGAUGGACACGUUACGGCAUUUCCUGUUUGAUAUUUGUGGAGUGGCAGCUGGUUGGAACAUGGAAGAUGUCUCCGAGGAAGAAAUUAGGGCGAUUAAAGGAACAGUAGGGCCUGAAGAUCAUGUGAUAUGUGCUUUAUCUGGUGGUGUUGAUUCCACUGUUGCUGCAACACUGGUGCAUAAGGCAAUCGGUGAUAGGCUUCAUUGCAUUUUUGUUGACAAUGGCUUAUUGAGGUAUAAGGAGAGAGAACGAGUGAUGGAAACUUUUGAGAAGGAUCUUCAUCUCCCUGUUACUUGUGUUGAUGCAUCGGAACAGUUUCUUGGUCACUUGAAGGGCGUUACAGAUCCCGAGGUGAAAAGAAAGAUAAUUGGGAGGGAAUUCAUUAACAUCUUUGAUGUUUUUGCUCAUGAUUUGGAGCAAAAGCUAGGAAGGAAACCUGCUUACCUUGUCCAAGGAACUUUAUAUCCAGAUGUCAUUGAAUCUUGCCCACCUCCCGGCUCCGGAAGAACUCACUCACACACAAUCAAGAGUCAUCAUAAUGUUGGAGGACUCCCAAAGGACAUGAAAUUGAAGCUUAUUGAGCCUCUCAAGCUUCUAUUUAAAGAUGAGGUCCGUGAGUUAGGGAGGAUCUUAGAUGUUCCCGUGGGAUUCCUGAAGCGUCACCCUUUCCCCGGGCCUGGCCUUGCAGUUAGAGUGUUGGGUGAUGUAACUCAGGGCAAUGCCUUGGAUGUCCUACGCCAGGUGGAUGAGAUUUUCAUCCAGUCUAUCAAGGAUGCCGGGCUUUACGAUACUAUUUGGCAAGCUUUUGCGGUAUUCCUGCCCGUGAGAACUGUCGGAGUUCAAGGGGAUCAAAGAACACACUCUCAUGUUGUUGCCCUUAGAGCCGUCACAAGUCAAGAUGGAAUGACAGCCGAUUGGUAUUACUUUGAGCACAAGUUCCUCGAUGAUGUUUCCCGCAAGAUCUGCAACAGUGUACGUGGAGUAAACCGAGUUGUUCAGGAUAUUACAUCAAAGCCUCCAUCAACAAUCGAGUGGGAGUGAUGCCAACCUCAGGUGUUAAGGGUUUGGGGGAGAAACAUGACUAGUUGGAUCUCGAGGAUGUGUAGAGAGUAGUGAUUGACUGAUGAGUUAAUAUGGUUACUAUAUUUAUGUCCCCAAAAUGGGUUAUUUUGGCUGGGGGCUUUGGUAAGCAAGGAAAGAGUGGGUUGAGACGCUGAGUGAACGAUGGUUCACAAUGUGCCUGGUUCUUAUUUAUGUUGAUUGAUCCCAGGAUUGCAGAGAUUUUGUACCCCUCCCUUCUUUUGCUUUGCUUUCCGUUGAGCAGAUACACAAAAGGGGAAUAUAAUUUUGUUUCGUGCUUAUGAUUAGAUAUUCGUUAAGAGUUUUGAGACGUCAUAAUUAUACCAUAACUGCUGCUUUCAACUCUCAACUUGUUACCUUCAAUUGCACUAGCAUAUGUUGUUGUCCCGUCAACUGGUGACAGAGGGAAGUUUGCCUCAUCAUCAAGCGGACAAGCCACAAGAAUUUCUUCUGGACAGUUUGGUUAAAGAUUUACAUUGCUAAUCAGAAAUUCAUGGAUUGAACCUUCUGUUUUGUUGCUAAUCAGAAAGUUUGGGCCCUCCUGUGUUUCUUUCUUUCUCACCGCAUUCUUUCCAGGCUGCUUGAUAAAGUUCCAAUUGGUUCUCCUUUUUUUAAUGUUUGCUUUGAAAACUACAGGGAAAAGAAGAUGGAAAAGACACAAAGGAGUUGUUAGCCACUUGAAGAUUUCCCCGCCUGCGUCGCCUCCCAAUCUCCCAUUAUAAAAUCUCAGGCUCAGAAUUUGGUGGGCUUUGUAUCAGUAAACUCUAUGGCAUGUG